GUAGUUACUGCCAGUAGUUUGAAGCAGUUUGAAGUUCGAACAUGUAUGAAGUCAGUCACUAUUAAAUCAGUAUUAAUAUAAACAUAUAUAAUCGGCGUUUAUUACUAUUUCUCCUCGACUGCAGGAAAUUAUUUCUUGUAUGUACAUACAAAAUAUUAAUGCACAUUGUAAUAUUCAUUACAUUUUUGUUAUAAAAUAAUAAGUAUACGUUCAGAAUAACGUCGAACAUGACAUUACUGCGUAGUGAAUCUUUGCGGGAUUCUUAUACGAGAAAUUUAAAAUAGUUUAAUCAAGUUUUAAUGAUACAUCAAUGGAGCAAAUGGAUAUAUCCUCACCGUAUACAAUGAAACAAGAACGAGAGGAGUAUGAUAUUGGAAAUUCUGACGAUGAUAACAUUAGUCUUGAAGACAUCAACAAUCUCCUUUCAAUAUCAUUACCUUCUCUUUCAGCCAACAAGUUUCAAAUACCCAAUGAUCAAUAUGACGAAUUUCUUCGGCUAACUACUACGGUCCGUGCCGUGUAUUUUUCAUAUCUUCACAAAUGCUUACUCACCAAUUACAUUCUUUGUUAUAAAGAUAAGAAUGAAGAUAUUCCAUGCGAUCAAUUGAAAAAAUGUGCAAAUCAAAUGGAACUACUUGCACUUCGAUCAUCGUUAGAAGCAACUCUAUAUAGACAGAAUAUGUUAAAACUGAUUUCAGAUGUAAAAUCACACACAUCAGAGAAAAAGACGUAUAAGAAAUUAAUAAUAUUUUUAGAAACUCCACCUACUAAAGUGGAUGUUGCAAUUCAAACAACUAACUCAUGGUUGGAGUUAGAGAAACUUGAUAAUAUUCAGAGUGUUUGCAUUACCUCUAACUGCGAAGAACAAACGCCACCAAAUAAUGAAGAAAAUGAUAUUAAGGAUGAGAGUGAAAAUUUAGACAUAUCUUCUCAAGUAACCAUUUGCAAUGACACUGCUUCGCCUACUGUAAAUUCCACUUGUUUUCAUGACACAGAACCUAGUAACGAUGCAGAUGAUGAAGUCAAUAAUAAAAUGAUAUUUGAUGAAGAAACAAUGAAGGAAGAUAACAAUAGUUUCAGUUACGUGCAAGAGAAUUCUGAUGCUCAAAUGAUAACUCAAACCAGUGUUCAAAAUGAUGAUGAAAAUUCACAAGAUUCACUUUUGCAACACAUGGAAGACAUGUUUUGUGACAGUGAUGAUAGUAGCGAUCUCAUGACACUAAUUGAGAAACAUUCAGGUGUUAGUAGAGCAGCUAUGAGUAAAGAAAUUAGCUGCCUUCUUCCGCAGAAUCACUCUAAUAGCAUACCUGAAAGUAAUGGCAAUGUAAAAAGUAAUCCAAAAAAGAGCAAUAACGUAAAGCAACCAGACAUAAGUAAAGGAAAAUAUAGUUUUAGUUACUAUAAAGAGAUGAAAGCUAGAGAAUCAAAUAAAUCACUACCACAGGAAAGUGAAACUAAAGAAAGUAAACAGAAACGUAGAAUAAACAGUAUUUGGUUUGUCGAACGCGUCUAUCAGGUAUCAAAGUUAAAGGCAAAAAUGACAGAAUUGUCUCUGAAAAAUUAUAGAAGACAUGGACGCGUGAAAGAAAAAUUCAUUGAACUGUUUGGAGAAUCUGAUGACGAGGAAAUGAUGCCAGAUUCACCAAUCUGUAUUGAAGAACAUUUAACUGCUUGCAAAGAAAGAAUAGCACCAUGGAUUGUAAAGCAUCUAAUGCCAUUCUACAAAAAGAGAAGAAUCAAAGAUAGACAACUUUUUAAAAUAGUUGCCAAGCAUAUAGCUGAUAUGCUCAUAAUUGAAAAUACAUUUCCUGAGCAAGACUGUGUAAGCAAAUACAUAGAGGCAUACUUCAAAAAUAAAAAAUUCAUUAAAACUAAACAAGAUGUAUACUUAUAAACAAAAAGAAGUUUGCAGUAUUAGCAUUGCACUUGUUUCUAUAUUACGAGUUUGAAAUUGAAUAUUAGAUGAUCACAAAUAUGUAUUUUAUUUCAAAGAAGAAAGAUACAAUAAAGGAAUAUGUUCAGUAUCAAUUACUCAAAGAUGUGUAUAUAAGAAAAAUGUAGCACAAGCAAGAAAGGAUGAGUUAUUUAUAGAAGUUUUUCAAAGAAUAAUGUGAAACCUCCACGUGGAAGUUACUCAAGAUGGUGUAU